GUGGGAUACGAGUGGUCGGUCUCAAGACAAGGGUACGGAAGAGUCAUUCACCCUCACACACCAGGCGAGUAAGUCAUCCCUCCCGGUUGAAAGCGCCUUCAAGCUCCAGACAGACCCAACAGCCGGCAGACGUCUCAAGCCAUGGCGGUCAACUUCUCUGCGGAAGAGACGGCCACUCUCCAACGCUGGCGGGAGAUUGACGCUUUCCAAACGCAACUGCGGCUGUCGAAGGGCAAUAAGCCCUAUACUUUCUACGAUGGACCGCCCUUCGCCACGGGUCUGCCUCACUACGGCCAUUUACUGGCCUCGACAAUCAAAGACAUCAUCCCUAGAUAUUGGUCCAUGAAAGGGUACUAUGUGGAGCGAAGAUUUGGCUGGGACACGCACGGCCUUCCAAUCGAGUACGAGAUUGACAAAAAGUUCAACAUUUCCGGACCCGCGGCGGUGAAAGAGAUGGGUAUUGCGAAAUACAAUGCAGAGUGCAAGGCGAUUGUUAUGCGAUAUGCGACCGAGUGGCGCGAGACCAUUGACCGGUUAGGACGGUGGAUCGACUUCGACAACGACUACAAGACCAUGAACCCGACUUUCAUGGAGUCGGUCUGGUGGGUUUUCAAGCAGUUGUUCGACCAGGGCCAAGUCUACCGCAGCUACAGAGUGAUGCCAUUUUCCACAGCCUUGAGCACACCUCUAAGUCAACAUGAGGCACAGUCCAACUACAAGGACGCCCAGGACCCUGCCGUGGUCGUUUCUUUCCCCUUGGUAGAAGAUCCAAAGACUAGCUUUUUGGCAUGGACCACCACUCCCUGGACUCUGCCAUCCAACCUGGCUCUGGCGGUCAAUCCCGAUUUCGAGUACGUCAAGAUCCUCGACGAGGAGUCGGGAAACCAAUAUAUCUUGCUGGAGGGGUUGUUGCGGACCUUGUACAAAGACCCCAAGAAGGCCAAAUUCAAGGUGUUGGAGAAAUACAAGGGUUCAGAUUUGAAGGGGAAGCAAUAUGUCCCAAUCUUCAAUUACUUCUACGACGAAUUCAAGGACCGCGCUUUCAAAGUGCUGACUGCAGCCUAUGUCACGGGCGAGGAUGGUACCGGUAUCGUCCAUCAGGCCCCUGCUUUUGGUGAGGACGAUUUCCGAGUGGGCCUGGAGAAUGGGAUCAUCAGCCAUCACCAACUUCCUCCCAAUCCGGUCGACGACACGGGCCGAUUCACCAAGGAAGUCUCGGAUUUUGUUGGGCAGCAUGUCAAGGAGGCCGACAAACAUAUCAUCAAAUACCUCAAAGGUACGGGUAGACUGGUACGAGAAAGCCAGUUGACCCAUCCGUACCCGUUCUGUUGGCGGUCAGACACCCCUCUGAUCUAUCGUGCCGUGUCUGGUUGGUUUGUCAAUAUUGCCGGUAACGACAAAGUCCCGAGUAUUAUCCCGCAAAUGUUGGAGGGCAUUGCAGGCUCACAUUGGGUGCCCAACUUUGUGAAGGAGAAGCGGUUCGCAGAGUGGAUCAAGAAUGCUCGAGACUGGAACAUCUCGAGGAACCGAUACUGGGGAACGCCGAUACCUUUGUGGGCGAAUGAAGAUUACUCUGAAGUCAUUGCCAUCGGCAGCAUUGAAGAGCUGAAAAGGCUCAGCGGCUACGAGGGCGAGAUCACGGAUCUUCACCGAGACAGCAUCGACAACAUUACUAUCCCUAGUCAGAAAGGCAACGGCACGCUUCGCCGGGUAGAAGAAGUGUUUGAUUGUUGGUUCGAGUCGGGAAGUAUGCCGUACGCACAAUCCCAUUAUCCUUUCGAGAAUGCAGAUUACUUCGACAAGACUUUCCCCGGCGACUUCAUUGCAGAGGGUCUCGAUCAAACUCGAGGCUGGUUCUACACUUUGGUCAUUCUGGGAAUCCACUUGAAGAAGAUGCUGCCGUUCAAAAACUGCGUGGUCAACGGCAUUGUGCUGGCCGAAGAUGGCAAGAAAAUGUCCAAGCGGUUGAAAAACUACCCCGACCCAACGACGGUGAUUGACAAAUACGGCGCCGACGCCCUUCGGCUGUACAUGAUCAACUCGCCUGUGGUGAGGGCCGAGCCGCUGAGAUUCAAAGAGUCGGGUGUUAAGGAGAUUGUGGCCAAGGUACUGCUGCCGCUCUGGAACAGCUACAAGUUUUUUGAGGCUCAGGUGGAAUUGCUGAAGAAGGUCGAAGGGAUUGACUAUGUAUUUGAUCCAAAGGCCGAAUCGACCAAUACCAACGUCAUGGACAAGUGGAUCCUGGCCAGCUGCCAGAGUCUGCUCAAGUACAUCAACGAAGAAAUGGCUGCGUACCGGUUGUACACGGUCGUGCCGGGACUGUUGAAUUUGAUCGACGAGACGACGAAUUGGUAUAUCCGAUUCAACCGGAAGCGACUGAAGGGCGAGUUGGGUCUAGACGACACUUUACAUGCGCUCAACUCGUUGUUUGAUGUCUUGUUCACCCUCGUCCGAGGACUUGCCCCCUUUACUCCAUUCAUCGCCGACCUCAUCUACACCAAACUCCUGCCGUACAUCCCGAAAUCCAUGCACGGCGAAGACAUGCGAAGCGUGCACUUUUUGUCUUUCCCCGAAGUCCGCCAAGAAUUGUUUGACCCUGUGGUUGAACGACGCGUGGCACGAAUGCAAAAGGUCAUUGAACUCGCUCGCCAAUCGCGCGAGCGACGAUCUAUUGGUCUCAAGACGCCCCUGAAGACUCUUGUGGUGAUCCACAACGACCAGCAGUAUCUGGACGACGUGCGCUCGUUGGAAGGGUAUAUUACGGAAGAGCUGAACGUGCGCGAUCUCGUCCUGUCUUCCGACGAGGACAAGUACAAUGUGCAGUACAGCGCGACGGCCGACUGGCCCGUGUUGGGCAAGAAGCUGAAAAAGGAUGUGCAGAAGGUCAAGAAAGCCCUGCCGGACCUGACGAGCAGUGACUGCAAGGCAUAUCUUACAAACGGCAAGAUCACCGUCGCCGGCAUCGAGCUGGUCGAGGGCGAUCUGGUCGUCAGACGCGCCCUCAAGGAAGACGAGAGCUCAAAGGACCAAGAGACAAAUACCGACAAUGACGUCCUCACCAUUCUUGAUGUUGCCAUUUACCCUGAACUCGCGCAGGAAGGUCUCGCCCGCGAAAUCAUCAACCGCGUCCAACAGCUGCGGAAAAAGGUUCAUCUGAAGCCCACGGAUGAUGUCAAGAUGGAGUACAAGGUCCAAGAGGAUCCCGACCAUGUCGGCAUUGAGAAGGUGUUUGAGGAACAGUCCCGGUUCAUUGAGAAGGCUCUUAGGCGGCCUAUUGAUAAGCAUGUCGUCACAGAGGUCGAUGGGCCCAUUCCGAAUGGAGAUGCUGACAAGGAGGAGUCGUCCAACAUCAUCGCCGAGGAGGUCCAGGAGGUGCAGAAGGCCACGUUCUUGCUUAGACUAUUGAAGAUCUAGAUAGAUAGAUCUACCACAAACAAAAAGCAGAAGAAAUAGGAUCCCCUCAAGAGCCGGUGUUUUCUGUGUUGAUGAGGAAGCAGGAAGAAAAGUAGAAAUGUCAUGACCACAGGCAGGGAGAAGAAGCAUGUCAUUUGAUAGAACAGGCAGCGGAAACAGAGAUGAUGUCAAAAGAAUUGCAUGAGCGUGAAGAGAACAAAGUCACUUUUCCGUCUAAGUCACCCCGGGUCCAAGUACAGACAUAUGUGUGUCAAAAAGACUAAAUAACUCCCGUAGGUCGUAACUAAACUCUCUGGAUAAUAAACAUAGUGUUCUCUUCA